GUGGAGCAUGCCGGCCCCUCCAUGAUGACCCCGAGAAUGGUACAGAUGUCGCCGCUUCUGGGCGGCGUGUCGCCCGCGUACCAGCCGUCCCCCAUGCUGCACACGUCGCCCCCGCACAUGCAGUCCAUGAUGUCGCCGCUGCUGGGCGGCGUGUCGCCCGCGUACCAGCCGUCCCCCAUGCUGCACACGUCGCCCCCGCACAUGCAGCCCAUGGUAGGUCAUACAGUGGAGCAUGCCGGCCCCUCCAUGAUGACCUCGAGAAUGGUACAGAUGUCGCCGCUGCUGGGCGGCGUGUCGCCCGCGUACCAGCCGUCCCCCAUGCUGCACACGUCGCCCCCGCACAUGCAGCCCAUGGUAGGUCAUACAGUGGAGCAUGCCGGCCCCUCCAUGAUGACCCCGAGAAUGGUACAGAUGUCGCCGCUGCUGGGCGGCGUGUCGCCCGCGUACCAGCCGUCCCCCAUGCUGCACACGUCGCCCCCGCACAUGCAGCCCAUGGUAGGUCAUACAGUGGAGCAUGCCGGCCCCUCCAUGAUGACCCCGAGAAUGGUACAGAUGUCGCCGCUGCUGGGCGGCGUGUCGCCCGCGUACCAGCCGUCCCCCAUGCUGCACACGUCGCCCCCGCACAUGCAGCCCAUGGUAGGUCACACCGUGGAGCAUGCCGGCCCCUCCAUGAUGACCCCGAGAAUGGUACAGAGGUCGCCGCUGCUGGGCGGCGUGUCGCCCGCGUACCAGCCGUCCCCCAUGCUGCACACGUCGCCCCCGCACAUGCAGCCCAUGGUAGGUCACACCGUGGAGCAUGCCGGCCCCUCCAUGAUAACCCCGAGAAUGGUACAGAUGUCGCCGCUGCUGGGCGGCGUGUCGCCCGCGUACCAGCCGUCCCCCAUGCUGCACACGUCGCCCCCGCACAUGCAGCCCAUGAUGUCGCCGCUGCUGGGCGGCGUGUCGCCCGCGUACCAACCGUCCCCCAUGCUGCACACAUCGGUCCCGCACAUGCAACCCAAGAGCUCUGGGCAGUCUCUUCAGAUCGAUUUCUGA